UCAGUGAACAAAAUGGCAACUUACUGUCUGACUGUCGCCCGGCUCCAGCUGGCUCUGGGCCAAGGUGCGCGGCGCCUACAUGUAUCAGCCGCUUACAGAGCCAAAGCCCAAGUGUCUAUGAGCCGCUUUGAGCCCAGUUCCUUCGUCAACUAUGAGAGGCUCCAAUCCAACAUUGACAUUGUGCGAAAAAGGCUCAACCGGCCGCUCACCCUGUCAGAGAAGAUCGUGUACGGCCACCUCGAUGACCCCCACAAACAGGAGAUCGACCGCGGUCGCACGUACCUGCGGCUGCGUCCCGACCGCGUGGCCAUGCAGGACGCCACAGCCCAGAUGGCGAUGCUCCAGUUCAUCAGCAGCGGCCUGCCGAGGGUGGCCGUGCCCUCCACUAUUCACUGUGACCAUCUGAUCGAGGCCCAGACCGGAGGAGUGAAGGAUCUUGCCAAAGCAAAGGAAGUCAACCAUGAGGUCUACAACUUCCUGUCCAGCGCUGGGGCAAAAUAUGGAGUUGGCUUCUGGAAACCAGGCUCUGGAAUCAUCCAUCAGAUCAUCCUAGAGAAUUACGCCUACCCAGGAGUGAUGCUUAUUGGCACAGAUUCCCACACACCAAACGGCGGUGGGCUUGGUUCCAUCUGCAUCGGCGUUGGAGGAGCGGACGCUGUAGAUGUCAUGGCUGGAAUCGCCUGGGAGCUCAAGUGCCCGAAGGUGAUUGGUGUGAAGUUGACCGGUAGCCUCUCAGGAUGGACGUCUCCUAAGGAUGUCAUCUUAAAGGUGGCUGGUAUCCUGACAGUGAAGGGCGGCACUGGAGCCAUUGUAGAAUACCACGGACCAGGAGUUGACUCCAUUUCCUGCACUGGUAUGGCCACCAUUUGCAACAUGGGAGCAGAGAUUGGAGCAACGACCUCAGUGUUUCCCUACAACCACCGCAUGAAGACGUACCUGGAGAAGACAGGACGUGGACAGAUCGCUGCCCUGUCUGAUGAAUUCUCACACUUGUUGGUACCAGAUGAAGGCUGCGAGUACGACGAGCUCGUCGAGCUCAAUCUGGACGAGCUGAAGCCCCACAUUAACGGGCCCUUCACCCCCGACCUGGCUCACCCAGUGUCUGAAAUCGGUGCUGUUGCUGAGAAGAACGGCUGGCCGCUGGAGGUUAAAGUUGGUCUGAUCGGCAGCUGUACCAACUCCAGCUACGAGGACAUGGGCCGCGCUGCCUCUGUGGCCAAGCAGGCUUUGGAUAAAGGCCUGACAUGCAAAGCCCAGUUCACAGUCACCCCUGGCUCCGAGCAGAUUCGUGCCACCAUUGAGAGAGAUGGAUAUUCAAAGACCCUUGGUGAUGUUGGAGGUGUGGUCCUGGCCAACGCAUGUGGCCCAUGCAUUGGACAGUGGGACAGGCAGGAUGUGAAAAAGGGAGAGAAGAACACAAUCGUCACAUCCUUCAACAGAAACUUCACUGCCAGGAACGAUGCUAACCCUGCGACACACGCCUUUGUUACCUCCCCUGAGAUUGUCACUGCCAUGGCAAUCGCCGGCACGUUAAACUUCAACCCAGAGACGGAUUACCUUACAGCCGCCAACGGUGAGAAGUUCAAGCUGGACCCCCCCUACGGAGAUGAACUACCUGCCAAGGACUUUGACCCAGGCCAGGACACGUACCAGCACCCGCCCCCUGACGGCGGCAGCCUCAAGGUGGACGUCAGCCCUAAGAGCAACCGGCUACAGCUGCUCGAACCCUUUGACAGAUGGAGCGGAGGUGACCUGGAGAACAUGAAGGUCCUCAUCAAGGUGAAGGGAAAGUGCACCACAGACCACAUCAGCGCUGCUGGGCCUUGGCUGAAGUUCCGCGGUCACCUGGAUAACAUCUCCAACAACAUGCUGAUCGGUGCAGUCAACAGCGAGAAUGACGCCAUCAACAAGCUCAAGAACUACCUGACAGGGGAGUACGGAGGUGUCCCUGAUGUGGCCCGUCACUACAAGGCCAACGGUGUGUCCUGGGUUGUGGUCGGAGAUGACAACUACGGUGAGGGCUCCAGCAGAGAGCAUGCUGCCCUGGAGCCCAGGCACCUGGGAGGAAGAGCCAUCAUUGUCAAGAGCUUCGCCAGAAUUCAUGAAACUAACUUGAAGAAGCAGGGAGUGCUGCCACUGACCUUUAGCAACCCAUCAGACUACGACAAGAUCCGCUCUGAUGACCACAUCUCCAUCAGAGGACUCAAAACCUUCGCUCCAGGAAAGCCUCUUACCGCGGUCGUGAAGCACAGCGACGGCAGCGAGGAGACCCUGGAACUGAUCCACAGCUUUAACGAGACACAGAUCGAAUGGUUCCAGGCUGGCUCCGCCCUCAACAGGAUGAAGGAGCUGCAGUGAGGUGGUGGAACCAGGAACAAACAUGUGGAGGAGGAGGAUUUUCGGGGGGGAGAACCGGGUAACCGGGUGUUCAGGAGUGUGUGGAAGAAGAAUGUAGAUGCCGGUAAUGUCUGCUCCAUCAUCUGCAUUAGCACACAGUUUGGACUGAAGCAUCGUGACUUGUAUACCUCAAAGAGUUAAAUGUCGUCAGUUGAUGAGUUCAGUCUAAUGUUGAUGACACAACCAUAGGACCUGGUUUUCGUCAUUUGUCAGUCCAUAGCGAUCUUGAAGGUACUGUACACCGCUAUGUUUCAAAGUCAAACGUUAGAAAUCGGAGUCUGUUGUAAAAACAAACCUUUAACACACUAAGCUUUGACACAAAUCCCUGCCAGCUGAUGUGCUGUUGUUGUUUUUGCAGCUGUUCAAGCUGGUCUGUAGAGCAUGGAAGCCACUUCACUCUGGAGCUCAGCCAGAUGAUCACACAGUUGCUUGAGGAUUUUGUUGCACACUGCAUGAAAAUAAUCAGCUGUAGUCAAUCAUUCAACCUUCCCCGAUGUCAUUAACACUAAACCUUGAACAGGUAAACCCUGUUUGCUGCAUCUCUGGGUCCAUUUGCAUUGACCAUAUGGAUCCAAUAGGAACACACAUGUUGAUUAAUUUAUUUACUUCUAUACUUGUGGUUAGCCUGUCUGCCCCCUAGUGGCCAUGAGGAGUUACUGUAGUGUCAACAAGUCACAGUAGCAAGAUCAUUUUAUCUAAUUUAAAGUUUUGAGAGCAGCACCUAGUUGACACAGCUGUUUUCUAGGCAUUAUUGGAAACGUAGUAAAUCACAUAAGUGCAUGGGCCAGUUUGAGAACAGGUGGAUUCAACCUAAAAGUAAAUUAAACUAACGUAGCUUAUCUUGAACAUCACACAGAUUGAUUACUUGAUAUCUAACAGGAGCUUUUAGGGGUCAGUUUUUUUUUUAUCCAUGUUCUUUCAGCAAAGUAUGAUUUUAUCCAUCACAGUACAUGAGAACCAUUGCAGACGUUUCCUAAUAUACAGAAAGACCGUUAAUACUGUUUGAGAAUACAGUAAACACUCCUCUUCUUCCCUGACCCAAUCACUUCCUUUCUCCCGAUCAGUCCUCAACUUCUUAACAAGGUCAAACAUAAUAUGGUUUCCUGCGUGCUUUAUCCAUAAACUUUCAAAAAAAAAAAACAUUUCAAGCACAGGUUAAACAUUGGACCUGUGUCCUUGUCCAUCCUGUGUUUUCAGUGCCAUUUUUUUGUAGUGUAACGUGUCACUGUUGUGUUACUUUCACCUCCACAAAAAUCAAACUGUAUGGAAGAAAACGAGAGUAACAGGUGGAGAAAAUGUAAAACUGAUAAUUAUCACUUGAAUUUAUUGAGUAAUGUGGUAACUCAUAAGAGCCCCAGAUUACCAUGUCAGCCGGUUUUGGUACUCUGUGGAUAUAAAUAACUGACACCCUCAACAUGGGGAUCAGUAACCGGAUGUGUUUUUGUAUUUAUGACGACUUUAUUUUCUUUCCCAGUAUCUGUAAACUUAAUUCAUCAAGAGUUAAGCAGAGGAAGACAUAAACCACUACAGACUCUGUGAAGUGUUAAAUUACAUGUACAUUCAAGUGUUGUUAUUUUCCUCCCAGAUUAUUUUUUUCUGUACAAACAGAAAUGCCAAGCGGUUGUAAAAUAAAAUACUUUCACUCCAGU